AUGCAGAAGCAUUUCUCUGUUGAUGCUUCAUCGCUUGCAGCAUCUCUUAUGAACCCUGCAAUUUGGCCGAAAAUCUUCCCAUCGAUCGUCGGGGAGGUGUCUACUGAAGCACAACACCCGAAAGUCCAAAGAAUUAAUGUGGAUUUUAUGCCACAAAUCUGCCCUUUGGUUCAAACCCGGAAUGUGAAACUUCUUCGAUGUUGGAGACGUAUAGAGACCGAUACAUGGGUUAUCGCGGACAUCUCUCAGUAUUUCAGCUCCUAUGCUCGACAUUUACGCCCCAAGUUUAUGAGAUUUCCUUCUGGAUGUCUUAUCCAACGUAUAACCAAUGGUCUCUCGAAGGUAACCGUUCUCGAGCAUUGGGUUUAUAAGGAAGAAGAAUACAUGAACCGAUCUGAUCCAAAUUCAACAUUUGCUUUGAAAUGGCUCAAUGAUCUCCAAAGGCAGUAUUGGGACAACACUUGUUUAACCUCCAUUCCUUCAAUCGGUAACCAUAUCCAAAUAUUCGAACCGAUCUGUCAAACCAACUUGCUUAAACUAUCUUCGAUUAUGGUUUCCAUAUUUUGUACCGGAGUUUGCGGGAUAGCCGGACAAAAGUGGGAACUUCUCGGUUUGUUUGGAUCGGUUAAUAAUAUUAGAGUGUUAACCCGAGACACACAAAGUGGAGCGCCUUGCAAUUUGGUUAGUGUUACUGGUAUGGCUACAAUGCAAGCUAAACCGGAGACAGUCAUUGGUUUAAUCAACCGUGCGAGAAAACAAGACAUAUGGAAUUAUUUACAAUCCGUUGAAGAUAUGAGAGAAAUGAUUCAAGCGUCGUCUCUUCAGGCUGCAGUCAAUGGUAGAGAUUUUUCCGGCCUCGAUAUAUAUUUCGCUAUGUGGAAUUACGAUGGUGCCACGCGGACAACAAGGAUGUGUUGUGUCGGCUGGUUAUCUGGUCAAGACCGGCCAAACCAUGGUCACGAGCUCGGAUGA